CUGCUCAACAGCUCCGGUGCUCGAAAGAAAACAUAGAAUCGGAUAUCCGCGCGCUCGAUCUCAUAGAGCCAUGGCUCCUCACGCAGACGAAUUACAUCCGUGCCAAAAUGGCAAUGAAACCGCCCGAGACAACAGCGGCCACAGCGACCGGAAUGUGCCGAAGCCGGGCGACUACAUCCAGUUUGAAUGCCUUCCAUCCGGCGGUCCUUUGAACCGCUGGUCUCAAGUCUUGACGCGGGGCCAUGAUUUCCCCGGCGCCCAGGCCAUGCUCUACGCGGCUGGCGUCCCGGACAGGGACAUGAUGAAGAGCGCACCCCAUGUGGGCAUCGCGACCGUGUGGUGGGAGGGGAACCCGUGCAAUACGCAUUUGCUUGAACUCGGCAACAUCGUCAAGAAGUCCGUCGAGCAGCAGAAAAUGCUGGCAUGGCAGUAUAACACCAUUGGUGUCUCUGACGGCAUCACGAUGGGUGGAGAGGGCAUGAGGUUCUCGCUCCAGUCGCGAGAGAUCAUCGCAGACAGCAUCGAAACGGUGACGUGCGCUCAGCGCCACGAUGCCAACAUCAGCAUCCCCGGCUGUGACAAGAAUAUGCCCGGCGUCGUCAUGGCGGCAGCCCGCCACAACCGGCCGUUCCUCAUGAUCUACGGCGGAACCAUCCGCAAGGGCCACUCCUCGCUGCUCGACAAGGAGAUUAACAUCUCGACGUGUUACGAAGCCUCGGGCGCUUACACCUACGGCCGCUUGCAGGCCAAACGCAAGAAACCCUCGGGCGCCGACGCCACACCUAGUGAAGUCAUGGAGGACAUCGAGCGGCACGCUUGCCCCGGUGCCGGCGCCUGUGGUGGCAUGUACACGGCCAACACCAUGGCCACUGCUAUCGAGGCCAUGGGCCUGUCCCUGCCUGGAUCCUCGUCCUUCCCCGCGACAUCGCCCGAGAAGCGUCGCGAAUGCGAGCGCGCCGCCGAGGCAAUCCGCACUUGCAUGGAGAAAGACAUCCGGCCGCGCGACCUCAUGACGCGCGCCGCCUUCGAGAACGCUCUAGUCGCCACCAUCGUGCUCGGCGGUAGCACCAACGCCGUCCUCCACUUCCUCGCCAUGGCCAACUCGGCCGACGUGCCACUCACGCUCGACGACAUCGACCGCGCCUCCAACCGCACACCGUUCCUGGCUGACCUCGCUCCCUCAGGCCGGUACUACAUGGAAGACCUCUACACCAUCGGCGGCACGCCCGCCGUCCUCAAGAUGCUCAUCAGCCACGGCCUCAUUGACGGCUCCAUCAUGACCGUCACGGGCAAGACCCUCGCCGACAACGUCCGCGACUGGCCAUCCCUCCCCGAGGGGCAGACCAUCCUCCGGCCUCUGUCCGACCCGAUCAAGCCCACUGGCCACAUUCGCGUGCUCCGCGGUAACCUUUCCCCCGGCGGCGCCGUCGCUAAGAUCACCGGCAAGGAAGGCCUCUCCUUCACGGGUCGCGCGCGCGUAUUCAACAAGGAGCAUGAGCUCGACGAGGCGCUCGCGAGGGGCCUGAUCCGCCCCGACGAGGGCAACCUCGUGCUGAUUGUGCGGUACGAGGGCCCAAAGGGCGGGCCGGGAAUGCCCGAGCAGCUGCGCGCCAGCGCGGCCAUCAUGGGUGCCGGGUUGAGCAACGUCGCGCUCGUGACGGACGGGCGAUACAGCGGCGCCAGCCAUGGCUUCAUCGUGGGCCAUGUGGUGCCCGAGGCGGCCGUCGGUGGGCCGAUUGCCCUCGUUCGGGACGGUGAUGUGUUGCGGAUCGAUGCGGUGGCGAACCGGAUCGAUGUCGUCGAGAUACCCGGAGUGGACUGCGCCGGCGGGUUAGAGGGGGUGGAGAGGGAGUUUGAAAGGAGGAGGAAGGAGUGGAGCCCCCCGAUAAUGCAGCCAAUGCGUGGUGUACUGGCAAAGUAUGCGCGGCUGGUGGGUGACGCGAGCCACGGGGCUGUGACGGAUGUUGGGGGGUUGGCGUGGUAAACGCGCCCACAACGCUUGUCUUUUGCCUUGGAACGAACGGGUGGGCAGUAAGCAUGUUACACUGGGUGAAGCGGCAACUUAACUCAUGAUAGACACGGGAUAGAUUGGGAGCCGGGAGGGAUGAAACGCCGGGGGUUUAGAGGACAGACAGUAGAAUGGACUCACU